AGCAACUCUUGUCAGAUGUAUGGCGACGCCACAAGGAGUUUGAGUUCGCGAGCAGGUUUUGUACCUGGCGCGGUACCUGGCAACAACCAUGCCCCCGUGAAGAUGUGAAGUAGAAAAACGGGUGAGCUUGCGCUCUGUGCUGGCAACUGUCUUUGUUCCGCCACGAAGAAGCUGGCCAUGCGUUCCUCAAACCGAGCGUCCGUCGAGGACGAGAAAGUCGCCCGCGACCAACCUCACGACGCACCCUCCUCCCCCGCGCUUGCAUCUCCGCCCCGCCCCGCCCUACAGCGCCGCCGCACCACAGCUCGCACCCGCUACAUUGAUAUGCUCCUUGGCCUUGACACUGUGCCACCACUCCACAACAUCCUCGCCUCUGCUGCUGUCUGGGUGCUACUAGCCGGCUACCUCGUGUUCCCUGCAACGUUCAACUCCUUGUCGCGCUCCGCGCUCGACGAUAAGGCAGAUACGACACUCAAGGCAAAAGCAUUAGCGACCGCUCGUAACGUGCCGCUGCUUUGGGUGGCGGGCGCGGCGUGCGCGGGCGGCGUGCUGGGCUGCGCGGUGCUGUGGUGGAUUCACCGGCGUAACUACGUGUGGGUCAUAAAUCGGAUUUUCUUGCCAGCGUUGCUGAAUAGCAUUGCGGGACUGGUGGGGACGCUGGUGAAUGUGUAUAGUGCGCAGGAUGGGCAGUAUUCGGUGACAGCGAGGGUGACCGUGAUAGUCACGGGAGCCUGCUCAGUGGUUACGGCGGGAUUGUUCUUAGUGUACAACACGGUGAUGUUGAAGCUGGUAAAGAAGAAGCAUGACAAGGAGGUCAGAGCUGCGGAAAGGGAUGUUGAGGUGUGAUGAUAGUAUGUACUGAUUGAACACCGCUUGCGCAGUUGCGUAUGUAUGCAUAUGCUAUGAUGGAAGGGAGAUAUGAAUGACCCUUAACUUUUGAAACGAAAA